UAGUGAAGUAAGCGAGUUGCAAUUGACCAAUGAGAGCCAUCUUCUUUGAUUUAAAUGCACCAAUGAAACGGCUCGAUGUGGAGCGUGUAUAUAAUGGCCAUUAAAGCGGAAGUCGUCUUUCUGGCUUUAUCACAAAGGAUCUAUCAUGCCUGAGUCAAGAGGAAGAUACCGAGAGAGCGACAGCGAUUCGGAGAAGUUCUGUAAGCUCUUCAUCGGAGGGCUUAGUUAUUCCACAAAUGAAGAAUCGAUGAAAGAAUAUUUUGAACCGUGGGGUGAUGUGGUCGAUUGUGUCGUGAUGCGAGAUCCAAACACAAAAAAGUCUCGAGGAUUUGGUUUCAUAACUUAUAAGACAGAAGAACAAGUGGACAAGGCCCAGUGUAAUAGGCCCCACAAUAUAGACAACAAAGAAGUCGAGACCAAGAGAGCUAUGCCAAGAAAUGAAACAGAUUCUCAAAUUACUGUGAAAAAAUUAUUUGUUGGUGGCAUUAAAGAAGAUACAACCGAGGACGAUAUUCGUGAAUUUUUUACUUGUAAAGGAAAAAUCGAGUCGAUUGAUAUGAUAACUGACAAAGGCACAGGAAAGAAACGAGGUUUUUGCUUUAUUACAUUUGAAGAUUAUGACACAGUCGACAAAUUAGUAUUACGAAAAUACUAUGAGUUCAAAGGCAAACGGAUAGAAGUUAAAAAAGCCUUGUCUCGUGCCGAAAUGAACCACAACAAACAGGCGAAUAUGAACCAAAUGAGUGGACCGAUGGGGCCGAUGGGACCUGGCCCACAUAUGGGACCGAUGGGGCCAAUGGGGCCUGGCCCACACAUGGGGCCACCUGGACCACAUGGUCGUGGGAAUCGAGGUGGUAUGGGUGGCGGCCGAGGCGGUGGUGACUGGCACAACUCACCUGGUAAUUACAGCUACGGUGGUAACUUUAAUGGAGGAUAUCACCAAGGUCCAGGUAAUUGGGGAGGGCGAGGUGGUCACCCUGGUUAUGGUGGAGGCUACGGAUACCAAGGUAAUUAUGGUGGUGGUCAUGGUGGCUAUGGUAACCAACAUGGCUAUGGAGGCUGUGGUCAAGGUGGUUGGAAUCAAGGUGGUGGUUACGAAACCUUUGGAGGUGGUUAUGGUGGUGGUGGUGGUAACUAUGGGGGCGGCUAUAGGCGAUGAGUCUGAAGUUGGCUUAUCUAUCAGCUGGAUACGUGGUCAGUUCCAAACAAGAAGAAGGCCUCCUGAAACGGUGUAUGUCUAUGGUAGUUGGCAAUGCCAGGCAUGUGUGUCUGUCGUCCUGCUGUUCCAACCACCCUGCAGUGGAA